GCCGCAGCGGCCGCACACGCCGCAUCCAGCAUCUGUCACUCCGCACCCCACGCCGCACUAACCUCAAGGUGCUCGCUCACUCACCCUGUCUACCUAAAGAAAAUCCCAGAAACAUUAUCUCUCCUUCCCUUACCGCUAAAGUGGGCAGUCAGGACCACGAAGUGGGCAACCAGGACCACGAAGUGGGCAGCAGGAUCACACCAAACCAACGCUCCUUCACACAUUUCCGUCAUCGAAGCGGCUUCAUGGACUAAAGUGCAUUUGCUCGUUCCCUUUGGCCCCCUCCUCUCAUGACUGGAUAUUUUGUUGUGGUGCGUGUGAUGUCGCUCGAGCCUCUGUAUGUCUUGUUAUGUGUUGUCAUCUCUCUGUGUGUACCCGUGGAACUCUGAAUUUCCAGCAUCGUUCACUAACCAAUGUCGCAAAAUAACACCAAAAUUUCGAGUCUGAGGCAGUGGAUCUUUCCGAGUGCUCUGACAUAACUGUUUCCUAGAAGAGAACGUCAUCUAGAAGAAGGUUCGAACCCCAGCGGUGAAUACUUCUUCAGGGAAUUUGACACCAGACUAGACCAGCUGGGUGCCGGGUGAUACCCUGAGCCACCACAGUCACUGCUAACUUGAAUAACUUCUCUGCAAGACAAAAAUAGUUUUGACGAUCUUAUAAAAUUAUUAUUAGAGAAGUAAAUAGAUUAAGGUCGUGAAUCACAACUAAUAUAUAUUAUCAAUUAUAAAAAAAAAAUCUAGGUGAAUAAACUGGUCUUUAAAAAAUAUAUAAAAAAUCCGUAACACAACUGGUGAUUACAAAAUAUUGUUCUUCUAUACGUCUGACGUAAAUAACAAUAGCAACAGUUCCCCCCAUAUCUUCAGCAGCAACAACAGCCACUGAAACAUCAGCAGUAACAAUAACCACUGCAACACCAUCAGCAGUAACAACAACCACUGAAACAUCAGCAGUAACAACAGCCACUGCAUCACCAUCAGCAGUAACAACAGCUACUGCAACAUCAGCAGUAACAAUAACUACUGCAACACCAUCAGCAGUAACAACAGCCACUGAAACAUCAGCAGUAACAACAGCCACUACAUCACCAUCAGCAGUAACAACAGCUACUGCAACACCAUCAGCAGUAACAACAGCUACUGCAACACCAUCAGCAGUAACAACAGCUACUGCAACACCAUCAGCAGUAACAACAGCUACUGCAACACCAUCAGCAGUAACAACAGCCACUGCAACACCAUCAGCAGUAACAACAGCCACUGCAACACCAUCAGCAGUAACAACAGCUACUGCAACACAUCAGCAGUAACAACAGCCACUGCAACACCAUCAGCAGUAACAACAGCCACUGCAACACCAUCAGCAGUAACAACAGCCACUGCAACAUCAGCAAUAACAACGGCCACUGCACCACCAUCACUGGCUAUAACAACAUCAACAAUAACAGAGAGACAUCAGACACCCCCAAAGACAGGGAAAUGAAAUCAAUUUAGCCACGGCCGGAGACAAAUCCUCCCCAGCGAGUGAUAUCCAACCCAUAAAUCACUAUUAAAAGCUAGCAUCACUCCCAACAGCAGACAUCCUUACAAAAGCACCACCACUAGCCGAACACCACCAGCACUACACCACUACUACUACCUGCACUGCCGGUACCACCUGCAUUACCAACUUUUGUAGGAGGCCACGACCUCUCGUGUAGGAGGCCACGACUACGGAGGCACCACGCCACUCCACACCAUGACUCCUGACUGUCCCAUGUCCCCGGGGGAGCAAGAAGCGACAGACCUCAUAUGCAAAUGGGUCGGGUGUGGGUUGAGCUUUGAGAGUCUGGACGAGCUGGUGUCACAUUUGACCGCGGCUCAUGUCACCUCCCAGCACGGCGCCUUCUUCUGUUUCUGGCAUGGGUGCUCCAGGACCAAGGGUUUCAAUGCUAGGUACAAGAUGCUUAUUCACAUCCGCACCCACACCAACGAGAGGCCCUACGUGUGUGCUCAGUGUGAGAAACGCUUCAGUAGGCAGGAAAAUCUCCGCAUUCACGCCCGCACUCACACAGGAGAGAAACCGUACGUAUGCACGGUGCCGGGAUGCGGGAAGGCAUACUCAAAUUCCUCCGACAGAUUCAAGCAUACCAGGACGCACUUCGUUGAUAAGCCGUACGAGUGUCGCCACCCCGGGUGCGGGAAACGCUACACAGAUCCCUCCUCCCUCAGGAAGCACGUCAAGAUCUACGGCCAUUACCGCCGGCCAGACGAACAACACAACUCUUUCUCCGUGCCUCCUGUCGGCUCCUCCGACCUCCUCGAUCCGUCUCUCGCAGCUUCGGCUAGGCUUGACCUUUCGCCUUCCCCUUCGUCUUCUGGAUCUUCUCUAGUGCCUUCUCCUGUGCCUUCCACGCCCUCACCCUCGCUGCUGCCGCCCACGCUUUUCCCGGGCGCCUCGACGGGACACAGCGUGGGUGCGGCCGGUAUCUCGUCAUGGGCGCCCGUGACAGCAGCGGCGUGGACGGUAGCGCUGCAACAGUAUCAAGCAGGACUGCUGUUACAAGGAGGGGCUGGGCUAGCUGGUCUGGGGGGACUCCACCCCCACCCGCAUAUGGUGGAAGAGGAGGAGGAAGAGGAAGAGGAAGAGGAGGCGAUGGAUACAGCCACGGCCCUCGACCUCUCCAUGUGUCCCUCUCCUCUUGACCUCUCCCUCCCCUCCUCCCGUUCUAAACAUCAGUAACAGUAACGGUGCAAAAGUAGCGAUGCAUCGACAAAGGAGCAACAGAAACAGUGCAACACCAAAAACUCAACGGUAUAACAACAACAGUCCAGGAAUCGUAGACAGUAGUGACCUCCGUGUGCAAUGUUUGUAUAGUUUGGAGAUGACUGCGAGGCCCACCCACCACCUGUAGUGCCACCGACCACCUGAAGUGCCAACAAUCACCUGUAGUGCCCCCGACCACCUGAAGUGCCAACAAUCACCUGUAGUGCCCCCGACCACCUGAAGUGCCAACAAUCACCUGUAGUGCCACCGACCACCUGAAGUGCCAACAAUCACCAGUAGUGCCACCGACCACCUGAAGUGCCAACAAUCACCUGUAGUGCCACCGACCACCUGAAGUGCCAACAAUCACCUGUAGUGCCACCGACCACCUGAAGUGCCAACAAUCACCUGUAGUGCCACCGACCACCUGUAGUGCCACAUACUACAUCGUCUUCCUUCCCUUUGUCCUGGCAAGUGCCAGUCGGUCAAAUAUCUGAUAAUAGUGAAAUAUUUCGUCAACAAAAGGAUGACAUGUACAGUAUAGUAAUAUUUUUCUAUAUAGAGUCAAAUUUCAUAAUAAUUGUCGAAAAUUCGUGCCAUUAGUGCCUGAGGGAAAUUAUGUGCUUCAAAUCUGCACUCUUUCCUUUCUGUGAAAUAUAUCCCUAUUUCUUGUACAGUGUUUGAUUCUUGGAGAAGACAAGAAACGGGGCAGAAAUGUUUGUAUAGAUAGAUUUGUAAAUAUUUAGGCUGACAAAAGCAUCCCAGUGAAAAUUAUAUAUGUAUAUAUAUACUUAUUGUAAUAUAACACCCUCGUGGAGGCUGUGGUUAUGUCUUCCUGCCGGAAUUAAAUUCGGCAUUUUUUUUUUUUACCAAGUUCCACACCGACUUAUGGAAAAUUGUGCCAAAAGGCCGCAUGUGUGUGAGUUUUUUUUUUUUUUUUUGCUGAAAAAAGUAAAUCUGACUCGAGUAAUGUGGUCAUGCACAAAACUCUCCCUUGCCACCAUCCACACUCUUCUGAGUCCUUGAGCUACUGGGUCUUACUGUGUAAAUAUUUUAUUAAUAAUUGCCUGUGAAGAUCCCGUCAUGUGAUAUUACAAGUCUUUCUUGAGUCAGGCAGAUACUGUAUUAGAAAAAAUGAAACCGUCCACCGAUUGUACAGUCUCGCGUCUGCUGACAUAAACGUGUGUGUGUGUAAGUGCAGUUUGUGUGUAGGUUAAAUGAAUUAAUGUGAACCCUGAAUCUGGUGAUUGCUGCUUCUCGUGAUCCCAGCACCGCCGCGAGAGAGACCAAGACAUAGAUGAUAGCCUCGUGAUCCCAGCACCGCCGCGAGAGAGACCAAGACACAGAUGAUAGCCUCGUGAUCCCAGCACCGCCGCGAGAGAGACCAAGAUAUAGAUG